AUGGUGCAAGCACGUAAAGAAGGUUCUCUUCUCUACCCAAUUUGCUUCUUAAGCUUGCGUGCUCACUCAAGAAACCACAAAAAUCUACAUAUCCCAGAUGAUCAAUUGCAAAAUUUGUGUUUGGCUGAGAUAGAAAAAAUACUUCAACGUAAUGGCAAAUCUCUAAAGGACCAUAGUUGUCUGCCCUAUCCUAUCUUUGAUGAUUUGGAACAGUUUCAAAAUAAGUUCAUAGUAGAUGAGCUUAACUACAACAAACAAGAAAUGACAGCUAAACACACAUCAUAUCUAACACUGAUGACAGCAGAACAAAAGGGUGUAUAUGACAACAUAAUGCAGUCGGUGUUGUCUGAUAGUGGCGGAUUUUUCUUUUUGUAUGGAUAUGGAGGAACUGGCAAAACAUUCGUCUGGAAUACUUUAUCUGCAGCCAUUCGUUCAAUGGGUAUGAUUGUUCUGAAUGUUGCUUCAAGUGGAAUUGCUUAUUUGUUAUUACCAGGCGGAAGAACAGCACAUUCUAGAUUUUGCAUUCCAUUGCAGACCGAUGAAACAACAACUUGCAACAUCAAACAAGGUAGUUUAAGGGCAAAUUUACUCAUGCGUGCAAAAUUGAUCAUUUGGGAUGAAGCUCCUAUAUUAAAUAGGAAUUGUUUUGAGGCACUUGAUAGAACAUUGCGCGACAUCAUGAGACAGGAGGAUGAAAGCAACAUGGACAAGCCAUUUGGCGGUAAAGUUGUAGUACUUGGUGGUGAUUUCAGACAAAUUCUUCCUGUCAUUCCAAAAGGUGGAAGACAAGACAUAGUAUCUGCUACAGUCAAUUCUUCUGAUCUUUGGAAACACUGUAAAGUUUUAAAGCUCACUAGAAACAUGAGAUUAGGCACAGCAAGUUCAUCAGAGCAUGCAACAGAAAUAAAAGAAUUUGCUGAUUGGAUUCUCAAAAUUGGUGAUGGUGAUUUCGAUUCAAAUGAGCGUGGUGAAUCAAAUAUUGAAAUUCCGGAAGAUCUUUUGAUACAAGAUAGUGAAAAUCCACUUCUUGAUCUGGUUGGUUUUGCAUAUCCCAAUUUAUUGCAGAACAUGACAACUGAAAAGUUUUUGGAAGAACGAUGCAUAUUGUGCCCUACAUUGGAAUUUGUUGAGAAGGUUAACGAUUUUAUGCUUGAUUUACUUCCUGGUAAUACAACAGAGUACUUAAGCUCUGAUACCACUUGCAAAUCUGAUGAAGACACUGCACUAGAGUCAGAGUGGUUUACUACAGAGUUCUUAAAUGAUAUUACAUGCUCCGGAAUACCAAAUCACAAAAUAACAUUGAAGGAAGGUGCUCCGAUAAUGCUUUUAAGAAAUAUAGCAGCAGGUUUAUGCAAUGGAACACGACUAAUAGUGGCUGAUCUUGGAACAAAUGUCAUAAAAGCCACUGUAAUAACUGGAACCAACAUUGGAGAAGACAUUUUUAUUCCAAGAAUGGACAUGGUUCCAUCUGACUCAGGUUACCCGUUUAAGUUUGAAAGACGUCAGUUUCCGAUCAGUUUGUGCUUUGCAAUGACUAUAAAUAAAAGUCAAGGUCAGUCAUUAUCCCACGUUGGCCUAUAUCUUUCUCGCCCUGUAUUCACACAUGGUCAGCUGUACGUUGCUCUCUCCAGGGUAAGAUCAAGAAAAGGACUCAAAUUAUUAGUGCUGGAUGAGGAAGAAAAAGUGACAAGCACUACAAAGAACGUAGUUUACCGAGAAGUAUUUGAAAAUAUAUGA